CUGUACACACGCCGUCUGUUCGUCUCCAAGCAUCAAUGCAGUUCUGUCCUGGUGCUCCCACUGCCACACAGCUCUAGAGACACCACACAAAUGUCACCAUCUCCCUCUCCCACACCAGCCUGCGCGUGCAGGCCCUCUUGAUGCAAAGCCGCCGCUGCCUGUGAGCCCUCCACCAGCACAUCACGCACCACUGCACGCCACGCACUGUGGGCAGCAGCCGAGAGCGGUACCCGCAGCAACGCAAUAACACCGGAAGGCUCCCUCAACAUUGCCACCUGUAUAUACAAACACAAAUCGAGAGGGAAAGACAAACAUCACACACAUGAUGGAUGGAUGCGGUGGAUGCACGUGGUGCCCAGCCGCCGACCUGAUGCCAGUCAUGUGCGAGGAACAUGAGCAGGUGGAUACCCCCGCCCAGCAUGCCCUCGUCCGUCACCGCCCUCUCCACCACCCUCCCAAUCUCCUCACGCAAUCCGUUGAGUGCCUCAUCGCCCAUCGCCCGCCCCCGCAGUGUGGCCAACACCGGCUGAGCAGAGGCGUGCUGCGUCCAGAAGUCAGGCGGCAGCGAGGGAAUGGUCAGAAGGGAGCUGGUAAAGGCCUGCAGCAGGGCCGGGUAGUAGGGGAAGGCCACAGCAGAAUCGGGGUCGCCGGCAUCAGGGGCCGUCUGUGGUGCGAUGACAACAGCACGCGAGGGGUCCGCUGACAGCCGGACAGCGAUCCUGGGGUAGCCCCUGCCUCCGUGGUGCGCCAUGAGGCCGAUCUGGGCCAGUGCACCGACGGUCUUGUCCCACCAGUUGAGCAUGGUCAUGGGCGGCAGCUCGCUCAUGGCUGCGGUCUCCAUUUCGUCGUCCUCGCCCGCCUGGUCCAGGAAGUCGUGGAAGUCCCUCCGCGUCACCCACAGCGCCACACGCCCGCCGCCCGCGUCACGGUGCCACAUGACACUGUUUACCACAGUGUGCAGCAGAAGGGCGCCCAGCUCGCCAACGGGAGGCAACCCCCCAGCCACAUCACCCGCACCCUCCUGCUGCUGCUGCAGUGUCUGCGGCCCCUCUGUGCGCAUGGCUUUGGCCUUGAGGAGCCUGGCGACCGUCAUGACGACAGACGGCACGCACAGGGGGGCCGGGAGGCCGCGAGAGGGGGGCGGCUGUGGCUGUUGUUGUGGUUGUGAUGGUGCGGGUGGUGGGUCUUCCAGUGCUCUGGCGAUUGUGAGCGAGAGGAAGUUGAGGGACGUUGUCCAGGGGAAUGAUGGCUGGCGCCACAGCACACAGUGGAAGACCCACUGCAUAGACACAGUACACAUUCAAAGAAGAUGGGCAGUAGGGUGCAUGCACCACAGUGCUGGUCUGGUGUGACCUGCAGGAAGUGGAACUGCGGGUUGCGGCGCAGUCUGUCGAUGCCGUCAUGUGAGAUGCUGCCGACGUCCUCGGCAAAGGGCUCCGUCGUCACCUCUCCCUCGUCGGGUGGAGCCUCCCACGAGGGCCCGUAACCUGCACAGAGACAUCCAACGAUGGCCGCGCCUUCAUUCAUAUUAAAAUCACUGCUGCUGACCAGGAAGGCUGCUCCACAGGCUAUCAAUCGCAGCGGCCGACCCAGCCCGUCCUUCACACGCCUCCCGCACCACUUUGAUGCUCGCCUCCACAUCUACCAUGCCCUCCCCGAGCCUCGAGCAGCAGAAGAGCACUCCAUGCCGCUCAUCCCUGUGCGCCAGUUGCGACGCCAGGAAGGCCAGCCUCUCCAGGAGCCGCAUGAAUGCCGUGUGGCUGAGGGUGAGGACCCCUGUGUGUGGACUGCGGUCGAAGAGCGUCUGGCAGUUGAUGAAGUAGAGAGUGCGCCUGGAUGUCUUGAGGAGGUCCAUUGACCGCUCGAGGACGUCCUGCAGGUGGGAAGUGAAGGACGUGUCGGCGGGAGAGGGGUCAGAGAGAGGUCGAUUGACCACCGCGGUGACGUCCUGCAGACAGCCGGGAUGAGAAGCGAGAAUGUGCGGUCAACGGAUGCACUUGUUUGGUGUGCAUGUUUGUGCAAUGUGUGUGUGCGUACGUGUUGGUGUGUGGCGAACGUCAUGAGUCUGUCGAGGUGGUCGCCGCCCAGCUCCAGGAACUGAAUGCCGACGAACCGCGUGCUUGCAUCAAACACAUAGUACUGGUCCACCGACGAGCCUGAACGCCAAACAAGGCAUCCAUCCCGUCGGGUCACGUAUGUCACAUUAUUCUUCACUUAUUGACGACCUACCUACCUUCCAUGGCACAUGCUGGUCUGAAUGCGUCGAUGCCGAACUCAUUGCAGAAGAAGAAGAAAUCGUCGAUCGUCAGCAGAAACAGACCCCUGACGGACACAAACAGAGAGGCGGCACCACAUCCAACACUGACGCCAGGAAGACUCUUGUUACCUGGCGAUGUCUGUGUCCAGGAAGGGCAGCUCAUCUCUCGCGGCCGACACAUCCUCACCCGGCUGACACACACACACACGCACACACGAACGGCCAAGAACUGACGCUGCACCCCUCCUGCGCGCCAGCUGUGUGUACCUGCAGCAGCCGCACAUUGAGGAAGGAGGCCGACAGGAUGGGCAGGAACGAUGUCAGCCGCAGAAAGUUGACGUCCGGGGCGUUGCAAAACGUGUGGAUCAGAGUGGACCUGAGGGCGAGCCAACAAACACGACACAUCAAGAAUGGAAUCAACCGGCAUCAGCCGGCAGACAGAGGGUGCCUACUUGCCGGCAUUUUGGUCUCCGACGAGGAGGAAUGUGAGCACUUCCACCCCUGGCGUGUGGCCGAGCGCCGCCACCACAUUGCUGAGCGUCAGCUCGUCCACCUCCUCGUCGUGCCUGCAGGCAUCCACAUCGACAAACACGAACACACACACACAAGCUGCUGGAUGCACGACGAAUCAUCAGAUCUGGGUGAUGACCUGUCUGGGUGUUUGUAGGAGCAUCGCUGCUCGAACCCGAAGGGCGUCCUCACGACGGGAAGCGCCUCCUCUACUUCCAUUUU